UCCCUGGUUGACAGGCCAUAGUAAAUAACGACAGGUUUUUAGACGAGCCCUUUCCAAAGCUACAGAAAAACUAUACAAAUCUAUACCUGGCUCUAUACCUUGUUCCUUGAGGCCCACAAGCUCACAGACUCAUCUUCUGUCACAAAGCCAAGAGGUUGAAAUGAAACAGAAAUGAGAGCUGACAUCUAAUUUGCAUCCCAUUCUUCAUGGCUGAGGAAAAGCCUGAGCCCAGUGAGGGCACAGUAGUGCUGUCAAUACCUCAGCACAAGGAGCCCUCCAGUCUCCGGGACUCCUUACGCAGACUGUUCAGCCAUUCCAAGUUCCAGAUCUUUGUGGUAUGCCUGGUGAUUCUUGAUAUUCUGUUUGUCCUGUUUGAGCUGCUCAUGGACCUGAAAAUCAUAAAAUCAGAUGAAGGGCAUAUUGCCCCACAGGUGUUCCACUACCUGAGCCUGGCUGUGCUGACCUUCUUCAUUGUGGAACUGGCAGCCAAAAUCUUUGCCUACCAGCUAGAGUUUUUCAAGCGCAAAUUGGAAGUGCUUGACGGGGUGGUGGUCAUUCUGUCCUUUGUGCUGGACAUUGUGUACGCCUCAAAUGAACAUGCCUUCAAUGCAACGGGCCUCCUCAUUCUACUGAGGCUGUGGAGGGUGACCAGGAUCAUCAACGGGUUACUGGUUUCAGUGCAGAACCGUGCUGACCGUAAAAUCCGGAAGCUGAAGGAAGCUAACAAACGCCUUGUCAUUCAGAUCAAUGAGCAGGAAGAACAUUGCUCAAGAAUAGAACAAGAAAACAUCAGACUGCAAACCCUUUUACAACAGCAUGACAUCAACUUCUGAUUAUCGUGAGAUAGGCUAAUGGAGGAUUUUCAUCAUCAUCUCACCAUCUCUGCCUCUACACCAUUAUAUUACAACAUAAAACAUAUUCUUUAUUACCAUAAUUAUUAUCAAUAAUCUUGUUCUCCAACAUCAAUUGUCUUGUAUAAUAAAUGAUUUCAAGGAGUAAAGACACAAAACAAAAAUAGUUUCAACAUUAUAUUAUUCAAUAUUUACACAGUCAAAUUAAUAGGGCUCCCAUCUUGUGCUUCCAACUGGGGUUCUUGUUUCAGUGCCAUAACCAAAUAAUGCCAUGCACUAGCUAUGCCAAGAUCAGCACAGUUCAGCUAGUGGUUAGCCAAAUGAGAAGAGGCAGCUGGUUGCAUGAACACCUGAGAAUGCAGGCAUAACCCUGAACUGACAGAGGCCAUUGCAGCCAUGGAAUGCACCUGAAACUGGGUUAGUGUCAAUUCCUUUUUGAUGGAAUAGUCUGGAUAUGAAUGAAGUUCAAUUCAUGAACUGAAAAUAGCCAUACUGUAGUGUUAAUAGAUUGCAGUGUAAGAAACUUAAAAUCAUG